CCAAGGCUUGUAUAAAUAAUAGCCCCCUUUCUUCCACAACUGCAUGCACCACACACUACCUUCACAAACUUAAAAUAAAACACACACACACACACAAGAAGUUCCAUCUGCCGGAAAACAUGGCGGCGGCGGCGGCAAAGACGGUCUGCGUGACGGGUGGGUCCGGAUUCAUCGCCUCGUGGCUCAUCAAAGAUCUCCUCCGCCGUGGCUACACUGUUAAUGCCACUGUCCGCUUUCCCAAGGAUCCAAAGAAGAUAGAUCAUUUGGUGUCACUAGAAGGGGCAAAGGAGAGGCUGAAACUGAUGAAAGCGGAUCUAAUGGAAGAAGGGUCCUUUGAUGCCGCCAUUGCAGGCUGCGAAGGUGUUUUCCACUGUGCAUCUCCCUUCUUCCUCCAUGACACUCCUGAUCCCCAGGCGGAGCUGAUAGACCCGGCGGUGAAGGGGACGCUCAACGUGCUCGGCUCGGCCGCGAGGACGCCGUCCGUCAGGCGAGCCGUCCUGACGUCCUCCGAGGCCGCCAUCGCCUUCAACCGCACUCCCCGGACCGCCGACACCGUGGUGGACGAGACCUGGUGGUCGGACCCCGAUCACUGUAAAGAGAAUGAAAUGUGGUACGUCUUGUCGAAGACGCUGGCGGAGAAGGCCGCCUGGGACUUCGUCCAGUUGAAAAGCGGGGGCGCCCGGUUCGAUCUGGUGUCCAUUAACCCGCCGUGUGUGAUCGGCCCCAUGCUGCAACCCUCUCUCAACCAGAGUUGCGCCAAUGUCUUGAGCUUGAUAAACGGGGGUGAAACAUACCCAAAUGUGGCUUAUGGAUGGGUACAUGUGAGAGAUGUUGUGGAGGCUCACAUAUUAGCAUUUGAGAAACGUGAGGCUAAUGGAAGGUACUAUGUGGCGGAGAGGAGCGCAAAUCCUCCUCAACUUAUAAACAUCUUGGCACAACUUUAUCCCAAUCUCAAAUUCCCUAAAAGGUGUGCAGACAAGAAGCCGUUGGCCCCGGCGUACAAAGUGAACAACGAAAGGGCGAAGAAACUUGGUGUCACAAUCACUCCUUUGGAACUGGCCCUAAAGGAGACUGUUGAGAGCUUGAAGGAGAAGGGCUUCCUCAAAGCCUAAAUCUCUUAUGAGUCAUCACUUAAUUAAACUCUUAUAAGACACUUCUUAAGUUCCUAGAGUUGUAUUGUUGCAAUAAUAACUCCCUAAAUAAAGAUUGUGGUUUCAU